GUGUUUCUCCAGGUGACAUGCUACAGUAUGAGGAGGGCCAGUCUCCUUUAGACAGCCUGGAGCAGGUUGCCAUCCACUACGCCUCAGCCAUCAAACUGAAACCCAAGGAUCCCAGAUUCCACUUCCUGCUGGGGCAGGCUCUGGAGGAACAGCACCAUGCCACAGAGAUGUAUGGCUUGAAGAAAAAGGCAGAUGGGGAUUCUGAGGAGCUGAGCGGGGCCAAGGCGACGAGCCUUCAGGACGACAUCUUGGCUCUCUGUAAGCUCCAUGGUUUCACCGGCACGCCGACCCUGGAGAACCAGCUGAAGGCCGUGGACACUGAGUACCACCAGCUGAAGGAACAGGGCCAGUCUGGCAAGGCCGACUACGUCCAAACCCUCUACAUCUGGCUCUCCAAGAGGGCCGGCAAGGAUGGCAGUGCAGGCCUCAGGGACAAGGAGAGCUGCCUGCACAGGGCCUCUCUGAAGUACCUGGACGCCUGGUCUCUGAGCCCCGACGACUGGGAGUUCAACCUGCACACGGGGCGUCUGCUGCUGCUGCAGGGGCUGGAGCGGGAGGCCCUGCAGCACCUGCAGACCGGCCUGGCCCUACGACCCUGCCAGCCUGCUCUCAGGUUCUAUACAGGCUUGGCUCUUCUGCAGCAGGGGAGCGGAGCCGCGGAGGAGGCCGCGAAGGAGGCGGCUGGGUUCCUGCAGCAGGGACUGGAGCACGUCAUCGCUCAGUACUGCAGCGACAGUGGCGCGGAGCAGGCCGUCUCGGAGCCUCUGUCGAGCGUGAGCCCUCACUUCCUGCGUGGCUGCCUCGUGCUAGGGGCCGCCCUCCAGCAGAACAACACUCUCCCAGGCAAGACCAUGAGUGGAGAGCAAGUCUAUCACAUUAUUGCAGUGCUGGCAGCCCAGGCUGUGUGUCGGUGUGUGUGUCGGGGAGAGGUGGCCCAACAGUUGGAGUGGGUGUUGCUCGAUGCCCACUUUGCCCUUCUCCAGGGUCUCAUGCUGGCCAAGCCUGGCACAGAGAGACAGGCCUCGGUGGCCAAGAGGUGCCAGGCCCUCGCCGCCCUCAUCCGCCUCACCGCCAUCGCCCCCUGUAGGGAACUGCUGGACAUGCAGGAGAAGGUGUGCCAGGUUGCAGUGGUGACCACUCCUCGUGACGGCCAUGCCUUGUACCUCCUGGGUCUGGCCCAGUUGGCUCACUUUGACAACGACCCUGAGUCAGAGAGGUCAAAGGCCGACUUGGCCGACGCCUGCCUCAGCUUCCAGGCCAUCCUCGAGCUGGAGGACAAGCCUCAGGGGGGGGACCCCCCCGCCGAGCUGACCAAGCAGAAGUGGUGGCAGGAAAAGCUGGCCUCUGAGAAGGAGAAAGCCGCCAAGCAGACAGCCAGCCAAUCCACGGGGAGCGCGGGGCCUCCCGACGGAGGGGCCGCUGGGAGAGGAAGUGGGCGUGGCAGGGGAGGCCCCGGUCGAGGGGGGGCUACAGCAGUCGCCAAGGCCACUGCGCCUGCUAAAGGAGGUGCCAAGGCCGCCCCCCCCGCCAAGCCCCCUGUGGCCAGGGGGAGAGCUGGAGCAGCGGCGGCAGCCAGCACAGAUGGAUCAUCCAGAUCCCCGGCGAAGCCCAGCUCCAAGACUCAGCUCGGCCCCAGCAAGUCCAAGACAGACUGCUCCCCCAGCUCUACCAAAGCAGGGGCUCCACAGGAGUCAGCAGUAGCUGAAUGCCCUGUUGGCCCCACCCCUGUGAACCGCCGGUCCCACGCCCCCCGCUUAGGCCUGGCCCGCGCCCUCUCUCGCAACGCAGACACACACGACCAGGCUUGCCAGUUCUACCAGGAAGUCAUUUCCAUGGCACCAGAGGUCCAUGAUGCCUACAUUGAGCUGGCGGAAAUGCUGGUGAAGUCAGACCCCCUGGCUGCCGUGGAAGUGUACUGCAGGUUCCCCCUGAGGCCUGUGGCCGAGCAGACAUUUGACGACGCCUUCAUCACGGGCGAGAUCAUCCGCAACCUCGUGAAGCUGGAGUUGUACGACCACCCCCAGUUAGGGCCCAACCUCGUAGCCUACGGGAAGGUCAUGGGCCUGGGUUGCAUAGAGAAAUACAUCGAAAUCCUGGAUGGGAAAUUCAAGACUCAUCUUCUGAAAAGCAUUUAUGCUGGGAUCCAUAAUAAGUCAGUGGAUGAUAAGGACCUACAGGACUUCUUCAAGUUUAAGUGCUGGCUAUGAAAAACCCUGCUUUGAUAAUGUGAUUCUGCUCACUUCUAUAAUUCCUUUGUUCUGUGAUGCGGUGAAUUAGGCAGGAUAGUCACAUCUUUGCUUAAACAAAAUAAAUGUAAUUUCACACAAAGAGAAAAGCUGAAGUUUUCGCCAUU